GGCAAAUAGCCAAAGCGUUCUUAACUUAAGCUGUGAGAGUAACACACACACACGCCCGCUCACACGCAAACAUACAUUUAAAGUACUGAGAGACUCAAACUCACACACACACACACAUACACAUACAUAUCUGUGUUGGUAACGUAUCAAAAAGUAACCUUCAAAGCUUGUGCAACGUUUUGCUGUCGAAACUCUGCAACCGCAACAGCAACAGCAGCAGCAGCAGCAGAAAUAUACAAAUCAGCAGCAUCAAAUAGUCAGAGAGAGAGGGCAACAACAGAAAAAGUAGCAAAAACAACACAAACUAACUCGCAAUGCGUCUCGAUACGAACUCAAAUGUGGACUUUAAAGCGUUCGACUCCAGCUCCAGUUCCAGUGGGAUCAUUGUGAAAUUGGACAAUUUGGCCACUUGGGGUGGCUCACAAAAGACGGAUACACGGCUGCCCAUAACGGACUAUUCCACACUCGGCGGACCGCGACACAAUUGCAGUCCCUUUCCACUGUCCAAAGAUGUCAACAAUCGUCUGGUUAUUUGGGAUGGCGACAUGACCACAUUGGAGGUGGACGCCAUCACGAACAGCAGCGAUGAGACCCUGACUGAAAGCAAUAGCAUAUCGGAGCGCAUUAUUGCCGUCGCUGGCAAUCAGCUCAAAGAGGAACUCAGCACAACGGUGAAGGAAUGCCGCAUUGGGGAUGUGCGUGUGACGCGUGGAUACAAUCUGCCAGCCAAGUAUGUUCUGCACACUGUUGCACCCGCCUACAAGGAGAAGCUCAAGACGGCCGCCGAGAAUGCGCUGCACUGUUGCUACAGAAACGUGCUGUGCAAGGCCAAGGAGUUAAAUCUGCGCACAAUCGCUGUGUGCAAUGUGAGUGGCAAUCAGAAGAGUUUUCCUGCCGAUGUCGCGGCGCAUAUUGCACUGCGCACCAUUCGUCGUUAUCUGGACAAGUUUACACUGCAGGUUGUGAUACUGUGCGUCAACAGCAGCGAGCGUGGCACCUACGAGGUCCUAGCGCCGCUUUACUUUCCCCGCGAUCAGCUGGAGGAGCGCAGCGCAUUGUGGCAGCUGCCCAAGGAUACGGGCGGCGAGUUGGGUGAACCUCAGCAUCCUGAUCCCGAUCGUCAGAUACGCAUCAUUCGCAAUCCACAGCACAGUCACAGUGUGCACAUGCGUCACCAUCAUGCUGACGACGACUCUGACGUGAGUCCACACGACAUGGAGGGCAACAACUCGGAUCUGGAGUAUGGCGCCAGGGAUAUGAAUGGCCUCAGCCUCAACUCCUACAGCAGCGGACUGCAGGCACAAAUACAGCGCGAUCUGGACAGACAGCAUUUGCUGAGCGAUCGGCCCAUAGCUGGCAUAUAUGAAAGCGUCGUUGCUGAUGGCAUUGAAAGCCCCGAACAUCAAGAUAGAUACGAGCGUCUCUUGCAGCGGGCACAAGUUGAGGAUCUGACUGAAGUAUCUGGCAUUGGCUGUCUCUAUCAGAGCGGCGUGGAUCGUUUGGGCCGACCUGUGAUUGUGUUCUGUGGUAAAUGGUUUCCAGCACAGAACAUUGACCUGGAGAAGGCACUGUUGUAUCUGAUAAAACUGCUGGAUCCAAUUGUCAAGGGCGACUAUGUGAUCGCAUACUUCCAUACCCUCACAUCCACCAACAAUUAUCCAUCGCUGCAUUGGUUGCGUGAGGUCUACAGUGUCUUGCCAUACAAAUACAAGAAGAAUCUGAAGGCCUUCUAUAUUGUGCAUCCCACGUUCUGGACGAAAAUGAUGACUUGGUGGUUCACCACAUUCAUGGCGCCCGCCAUCAAGGCCAAAGUGCAUUCGCUGCCCGGCGUCGAGCAUCUGUACUCGGCCAUAACAAAGGAUCAGCUGGAAAUACCCGCCUACAUAACCGAAUACGAUAUGGCGACCAACGGCCUGCAUUAUUUUAACCCCGUGCCGACUGCCUCGUAGAUGGCGGCCAUCGUAGCUGUCUAGACAGCUCCACAUAUACUUCUAUAAAAUACAGAUACAAGUACAGAUACAGAUACAGAUACUUACAUAUAUACACAACAACAUACUGACACGUAUAAUGAGAAUUUUUUAUAAAUUUUAUAGAAUUGUACUCUUGUUUUCUUUGUUAACUAUAAGUAACCCUUUGUUUACUUGCGCUUGCGACGCAAGCAUUGUUGCAUUAUAUAUAAUUGAGAGAGUAGAUCGUUGGAUAGUAAGCGAGCUGAUCAUAGAUACAUAUACAUACAUAUAUAUAGAGAACAACCACCCCGAAAAGAAAUUAUGUAAAACAUUCUUAUGAUGUGCAUAAAAUGAAAGCUAUAUAAAUUGUUAAUUUGCUACAACUAAAAUUAGACAAAACAAAGAUAUAGGCAAUUUUUUUAGGCAAGUUGAGAAGCUAAAUUACUUAGCACGCUGAACAAAUUGACAAGUUUCGAUUAGAAUGCAAUUUAAAUUGAUCAUAUUGUUAUAGUUAUGAUUGACAGACAAAAUGAAAUAUUACAGAACGGAGAUAGUACUUACUAUAUACUAAAAUAUGAUCCCUCAAAAUGUAUUAUUAUGGUGCGAGUGGGACGAGAAGAGAAGAAGUAUCCGUACUCCCCGAAAGAAAAAGAAAUACAGAUACGUACAUAUUAUAAAUUCAAUUGUAAUUAUACAAGAAAAACAAACAAAAAACUAAAUUAUACAUAUACAUACAUAUAUAUAUAUUAAAUAUACACACUAAAAACCAAAUAAAUAAACGAUUAUUGCGCAUGUGUGCAAUGAAUUAAAACAAAACCCCAAACAAAAAUCGAAAGUAAUUAUAUAUAUUUUGAACUUGUUAACGGAAGGAAUAUGCCGCAAAACUUUUGUAGAUACUUACUUACAUACUCAAUUAAUUAAUUGAUGAAUGCAUUAAUUAAUGAACUUAAUUAAAGUAAAUCUAAUUAGAGCUCACCGUAAGGCCCGCAAUUGAAACACCAAUAAAAAAAAGCAAAUGAAAAGGAGAAACAACCUAACGAGUAAUCAAUGUUCAAUGUUAAAAUGAGAUUAAGUAUGUUAAAUGGAUACUACACACACAUACACACACACACAACACUCACACACACACACAAACACACUCGAAGUCCUUGUUAUUCUUCCAUGCACAAUUUACGCUCAAAAACGAUCAAGUUACAAAAUUACUAAACGUUUUUUCUCGACUUAACUAAAAAAGCACACGCCACAUUUUUGACUAAUUGGUAAACAAAAAACUAAUCACAAAAACAAAAAAAAAAUAAAAACAAAAUUAAAAAUUAAGCAAAAUGUAAAGAAUUCGUAUCUAAAUGUAGUUAAAUGAAUAACUGUUUCAAUUAAGGCACAAGCGCGCUACCAAAUCUCAAUAUUGGACAACCGAAUCAAUUCUAAAACGCUGAACAACAACAACAACAACAAACCAAAAUGAAAACUUAACUGCAUAAACAAUUACAAGAAGCAAACACCAAAAUAAAUCAAGCAUCAAUAAAAAAAAACGCAGAACCUUAAAAAAAACAAGAUUAAAAAUGCACUCAGGGAUUGAUUUAAAGCAACCAAAAAAGUAUAUAUGAUGAUGAUAAAAGACAAAAAAAAACAAAUACAAACAAAUUUAGAUAAAAGACA